AUGGCCGAGGCAGCGGCCGCCGAGCCCGCCGCCGAGACGACGCCCGCCGCCGACAUGACCGUCGAAGUGCAGCGGAGUCAAGUAUUAGAGGAGACGCAGCCGGGCCACGGCGCGUCCGCGCGGCACAUCUGGCCCGCGGCCUCGACGACGAGCGUCAUGUGCGACGCGAAGAACCAGCGCAUCCGCUCCGAGGCGGACAUGAAGCUCCUCGCGAACCGCAUCCAGCACCUCCAGCUCGCGGAGGAGCGCGCCCGCAAAAAAAUCGCGGAGACGAAGUCGCGGACGUCGGAGAUCAUGGCCCUCAAAAAACGCAAUUUGCUCUUCGCGGAGCAAAAAAAACGGCUCAAGGCCGAGCGCGAGAUCACGAUCUCGGCCCUGCAGCAGGCCGUGACGACGGCGAAGGUCUCGCAACGGGAGCAUAUUCGUGCUAGUAGAGCUCUGGCCGAAUCUAGACGGCGCGACACCUCCAACAAGGUCAAGCAGACGCUGGCCGAGCUGAACGCGCGCCACGAGCGCGACAUGGUGAACCUCCAGGCCAAGCACCGGACGCUCAACUUGAUCGGACGCGAGGCGCAUGAACGGCAUCGCCAGGUCAAGGAGGAGCGGCGGGCGGAGCGCGAGCGACGGGUCAAGCAGCAGUACGCGGACGCGGUGGACGCGGAGACGGCGCGCGCGCUGGAAGCGCAACGGUUGAUCAGAGAAAUGGCCGAGCAUGAAGAGAGGUUGAUGAAGUCAUUACGCGAGACGCAGGCCGCGCAGACGCAGGCGUUCGAGGAUUUGCAAUCGACCCUUAAGCUGUAA